AUGACUGGUGCUGGUGUCACUAGGGUCUCAGUGAUGCGUCCAGAUCAUGCAUCUCAAGUGAGUGGAACCGUUCGUGAAGAAGAGGAUCAAACCACCACAUCGAGUUCGGGAGCAAGCAUUGUCAAGACAAGGGUGCUCAGCAAGAAAGAUCUCGACCGGACUGGCUACUAUGGCAAGCAGCAGAUGUUUUUCCAGAGACUCACUGCAGGCGCCUGGAGUCACACAGAUCAAGCUUGGCAUCUACCUCGCAGACUACCGGAGGAUUUCGACACGGCCAUAUACCGUGCUCACUCCGGGAACACGAGGCUAAGGACCGUACGUAGGAUCGAAGAAUACAUAGAGUACUCGCGGUUCUCCGUUCAAGCUCCAGUUCUACCUCUGAAGAAGUUGGAGCUGAAGACCGCAAAGCGUUCUCAUGCGACCGAAGCAGCUAUCCUGGCAGACCCCUACCUCAACUCUAGUAUCCGCAUACCGAUUGUGUUCACGUUUGAGCUACUUAUACUGUCUCCUUGCGAGGAUACAUAUGUCGACACCAAAGGAGCACCAGACUGGACACUUUGGUUAUUCGAAUACGCACCCUUGUGGAUCGCAGUCAUGAGUCAACUGCCUCAGUACUCAAUAGAGCCGAGUAAGCUGGAGCUCAUGAGAGCGCUAAAUGGAACCUUUCUCGCUCUCUCUUGCAUUGUGGUGGCUCUCCGUGUCUGGACGCGAACGAGGAUUGUUAGAUGUUGGGGCUGGGAUGACUGGUUUAUGCUGCUGACCUUGACAAUAUUCAUUGGCGAAUGUACGGUUUGGUUGAUGCUAGCCGAUGUGGAAGCAAAACCAGCAUCUCUAGCAAAUCUGGAAACAUAUGCUGGCCUCAUUUGUGCCGAACAAGCUCUCUACAUUGCUGGAACCAUCACUCUCAAGAUCUCUCUAGCUUUCUUCUUCCUGAGGUUUCUCAUCGUCCGCUGGGCUCGCUACGUCGUUUGGAUAAGUGUCAUGGUCUAUGCGACAUGCGCCCUCGGCAUGUUCUUCCUGGUCGUCUUUGAGUGCGGCAUGCCUGGCAAUUAUGUCAUGAAGCAAGCCACGGGAAAGUGCGUCUCCUUCCGCGUGCUAAGUACGACUGGAUAUGUGCAUGGCGCACUCAACGCGCUCACUGACUGGGUGUUCCCAAUACUGGCCAUCCAUUUCCUGGUACAAACAAAGAUGUCAGGCACAGCAAAGGCGUACUGCAGUGCGAUCUUGCUGCUUGCUGUCCUGGGAAGCAUCGCCAGUAUCAUAAGAACAGUGUACAUUCCUGAGAUCGGACCCGACGGCAACAUCUACAGUAGAAGCAUGAAGCCACUUAUCUGGACAAUGAUCGAAGGCGGCUUAGGAAUCAUUGCCGCAAGUCUGGCAACACUACGACCACUGUUCCAAAGAUGUUCGACCAGGACCAAGUCGGCACUGCAAAGCAAGUUGACAGGCGAAAACUCCAGAAGCAAGCUUGUCAAAUCAUCACUUGGCAGCCAGCUCAACUGCUUCUCGUUCAAAGCCACUCGCUCACCAGCAGAGUCGCCACAAGAGAGCGAAGCAUCGAAACGCGAUACGAUGGAACUCGAGUCAGGAAACCACGCGAGAACGAUGACGAAGCCAUUACACCUGGGCAUAUUGAGCAGCGUGGCUACAGAGACGGAGCUGGAUAUGACACAAAAGACAGACGGUACCCGAACGGUGAUUCGCGGAACGAAAAGCGCUUUUUGA